AUGCCUUUCCUGAAGAGAUGCGUGCUCGUCGUCAAUAACCGCAGCGGUAGUCGGCACGCCGUGCAGACUUUCGCCAGCACUCUGAAAGGGUACCUCAACCGCGCCGGGAUUGUGCACCACGACGUGCACAUCCCGAACGAUGAUGUUGCAGAGCAGUUGCAGCGGGCGUUGCCGCAGGCGGAGGGCCUGGUUCUCUGCGGCGGAGACGGUACGGUGAACAGUGCUCUAAAUCUUAUUGCGGCCAUGACAUCCUCAGGCACAGGGCCAAGCACAGCAGUGUCGCUGCCGUCGGUGCUGGAGUCUGUGCCGUUGCUUUUGGUACCCACCGGCUUGCACAACUCCAUCGCCACUUCGCUCGGUGUUACCUCAGUGGAGCGCGCGGUUUCGAGUCUCGUGGUGGGCCGCACCGUUCGUGUUCCAUUGUGGGCCGUGCACCUGCAUCAUCCACACUCGCCUUCCAGGGCGCUUCCAGUACGCUACAUGUGCUCCUAUAUUGCCACCGGCACCUAUGCGGCGUCGGUGCAGCGGCACAGCAACUGGAAGAGGGUGCAGGAGGAGUACGUUUCCAUGCCCGCCGCACUCGGAUGCUUUACCGCCACAGCACUGUUCACCACGAUCGAGCACGCGCCUCCUGACUCGACGGCAGUACUGACGCACAUCAACAAGGACACCGCCUCCUCCAGUGUUGGUCCGCUGCGUCUCCUCGUUGCAUCGCAGAUGCCGCAGCUGCAGCCCGGCUACUCCCUCACCCCCGCGGCCACGUACCAUCGGCGGCAACUUACCGUGACCACGGCCACAGCCGAGGCAACCCGCAUGCGGAUGUGGCAUCUUUUGCACCGAGAGGCGAGGGAAGGCGAUAUUCUUGCCGAGGACGGCGUCGCGAUGCAGGAGCGGGUGCGCGACUUGCGCAUCGACUUCCAUGCUGCGUCACAGCUCCCCGACGUCGCAACACGCUCGACCCAGCCACCGGAGAACGAUGGGGAUGAGGGGAGGCGGGGAUCGGCGCUGCUGGUGGUCGACGGCGAGUCUGUGCAGGUGCCUACCGGUUCCUCGGUCACUGUGACGCCGACGGAGCUGUCGGCGCAGUUGAUUGUAAGCUAG